AUGCUACUGGUACAGCAUAAAAGGUUGGAGCAGCAUGGAGGAAUGAAGGAAGCGGCAGGGUUGUGCAAAGGUGCCGCGACCCGGGAUCGAACCAGGGACCUUCAGAUCUUCAGUCUGACGCUCUCCCAACUGAGCUACCGAGGCCACUUUUCAAUUUGCCGGCUUCCUAAUACGUCGUCUCAUUCAGAAGAACCCUAUUUCCUAAGAUUUGUCUGCCUCUUUUUUUCCAUGAAAAAUCCAGCUUCUGCCUCGUCUCUACCUCGCGAGCACACGAGUCAUCUUUCGUCUGCUCGGAGCUCUGGCGUCCGAUUGGACGUUGACCCGGAUACGUCAGGAACCAUGGAACUUUCCACGGAAUCGACUCUACUUGAUCCUUCGGAACCGGAUGGACCCAACGAGUUUCAGGAUACCCCUUCCCUCCCACCUGCGUCGUCUCUUCUCUGCACUCUGGAGGAGGAUGAUCCGAUGGAAUCUGCGAUUCCGUCCGCUCAUAUCGGCGUCGCAUCGCGUGGAAAGGAUACGAGACCGACGAUGGCGGAUGUGAUUGCGCGACACGAGCGCCUUCGACGUGACAACGCUGAAGAAGAUGCUGCUCGUCGUCGUGUGGAGACGCCAAAACCCCUCGCCUGCGACAUCGAGGCGAUCGAGCGACAGUAUGCCGCUGGCAACGACUGGUCGUUCAUCGCCAUGCGCAUAGACCAGGCGCGUCCGUACGAACUGCCACGUGCCAAGUACGACAUGGUGAUUGACACCGGAAGGACCUUCGCGAAGACUCCGCUCCAGAAGAUCAUGGCGUCACUGACUGGCAAAAGCCAUGGUAGUGACGUUCUUGAGCGUCUUUAUGCGUCGCACGCGAUCGGCCAGAUCUCAAAGCUCCCUGGAGGCAACCUGCGCGUCAAGGUCAAGUCGAAGGAAGCAUGUCUACUCCUAGGACGCACCAAGGUGAACAUUCUUGUUGGUUGUUUCCUGUUCAAGGAAUUUGACGUACUGAGCGCAAAGUACUUCAUCGACAUUUCAAGCAUUGACUCCGAUACUCCCACGGAUCUCAUUCUGCAGCGCUUGUUCCAGCUAGGAUGCCAGCCCGUGUACGACACUUUCCGUGACGUUAACCUUGCGACAGGUCUUACGUCCGCGACGUGGCGUGUGUACUUUCUUUCCACCACGUGUCCGAGUGCGUUGAUGAUCAAUGGCUUGGUCUGCGAUCAGGUGCUCUUCGACAACAAACUUCACCCUGCGCACGGCAAGAACGCACCGUACCAGUCGGAUCGACUGCCAUUUGGCUACCGCUCACACCACCGUCUCGACCUGGGUACGACUGACGGCCAGUUUCCACCGCCGGAAACAGCGGCUGGGUCAACUCCAUCUCCCACAUCGUCUUCGCAUUCUCUACCGAGGCAGUCGAUCCCCUCGAAGUCGUACGCAUAA